AUGGCUGAACUACUGGGAACUCUAUCCAGGAAACCCAAGUGUUACUCACUUUAUCACGUGACCUUUCUUCUCCUAAUAAGUGUAGUCCUGGUUUACUUUGGCUAUUGUCACCUGAACCGAAGACACCGGAAUAUGGAAAACAUGCUAGCUUGGGAAAGCCUGGGUCUUAGAAAACCGGGCGGCCUGAAAGUUGUAAAAUUAUCCCAGAUGAUUUAUCCCCAGCCAGACCUACGAAGUCCCACUAGGAAAGAUGUCCUUGUUGUGACUCCUUGGCAGGCUCCUAUUGUCUGGGAGGGGACCUUCAAUACUGACAUUCUGAAUGAUCAGUUUCGGCACCAGAAUGCCACCAUUGGAUUAACUGUGUUUGCCGUAAAAAAAUACGUGAUCUUUCUGAGUUCUUUCCUGAAGAGCGCAGAGAGCUUCUUCAUGGUGGGGCAUAGAGUAAAUUAUUAUGUCUUCACUGACCUGCCACACACUGUUCCCCGAGUUCACCUCCAAAAUGGAAGACAGUUGUUUGUCCUCAAGGUCCGGAACUAUACCCGCUGGCAAGACAUCUCCAUGCAUCGCAUGGAAAUAAUUAGCAAUUUCUCCAAGCAGCGCUUCCAACGUGAGGUGGAUUACCUGGUGUGUUCGGAUGUGGACAUGAAGUUCAGGGAUCACGUGGGUGUGGAGAUCCUCUCCUCUUUAUUCGGCACCCUCCAUCCUGGCUUCUUCGGUCACAGCCGGCAGAGCUUCACCUAUGAACGCCGAGCUCUGUCACAAGCCUAUAUAUCUCAGGAUGAAGGGGACUUUUAUUACAUAGGCGCCCUUUUUGGGGGGACAGUACAAGAGGUUUACCGGCUCACCAAGGCCUGUCAUGAGGCAAUUAUGACCGACAAAGGUAAUAACAUCGAGGCCGUAUGGCAAGAGGAGAGUCACUUGAACAAGUAUCUACUUUACUACAAACCCACCAAGGUCCUCUCCCCAGAGUAUAUGUGGGAUAAUCGCAUGCUAUUGCAAAUGACACCUAUACAGCUGCUACAAUGGAACAUGGUCAUCCGUAAGAAGAGAUUUGUGAUAUUGAUAAAGAAUUAUGAAACAUUGCGGUCCUGA